AUGAUAAUGAAGAAGAGAGAUAAUAUGUCUCUACCUUCGCAUCUCGAAGUAGGGGAGCAGGAUGGGACGCAGCAGGAGGUUAAAGAAGCUUGGGGAUCCCCAGGGGUAGAAAACCCCUCCUUUAACACCAUUGAUAUAUCCUUGACACCCAUCCACAGCUUCACUGAUGACCUAGGCUAUCAAGGGAGCCAGGACCUGACCAGCGAAGAAGACCCCAGCCUUGUUCCAGGCAAGAGACAGAAGCGGAAUAAGAUUGCCAUUUUCCGGAUGAGGAGAAAUAAGGUGAGGGAGGAAGAUGAGAAUGACAAGGAGGAUGAAGAGGACGAGGCAAGGCGCUCUCCUAGGGUGAGACGGAAGCAACACACAUACUCAAAGACCCGCCAACGGAAGCAAAAGAUUUCAGGCGUCUUGGAAAGUAACUUGAGCACGACCGCCUCCAAUCCCAAGUCAUCUCCCUGGAGUGUGAUGAAGUUCCGGCAAUACUUGUGUAUGUGCUGCCGAACUCAGCAGAAGUUAGUGGAGGAAAACAAAGCAUCGGAUUCUAAAGAAAGGAGAAACCCCAGUGAAAAGGAGAAUGGAGGCGCAGUUUCUGUUAAUGAGCAAGGGAGGGGACAGGCUCCAGAAGGAACUCCAGGGGAAGUUCUGGGCAAAAGCCAGGAGAACAGAGAGUGUAAUCCUUCAACUUGUAAAUAA